CAUCCACCCUGGCUCACAAACUCGCAGGCACGAGCUCUGUCUCCUAGGUUCUUUAAAACCCUCUCUCCAUCUUAGCUACAUUAGCAGCGACGGCCCCAGGUUCAUCGGCUGAAGGUCAAGAGUACCGCGCUUCGCUGUGAUUUCUGGACUGGAAUUAUCUUGGUGCACUCUUUCCAGAUACUAGACUACUAUGGUUGCUCUUACUGCUGUCCUUGUCACGUUGUUGCUCGUCUCUUCGACGGUCACCUCGCCAGUUCCGUCUCAGACAUUUAGUGUCGGUGAUCGGCUCCCAUUCCCCCCGUUUGAUCCAAGAGGUCUCCUUUGUCAUUUGCCCAUAAUCAAGAAGGCCCUCUGUCCACGUCAGGCGCCUUCUGGGCUUUCUGUCAAAACACCCAUCGGCAUUGCUCUUGGCACCACCCUCUCGAGUGGGGCUGCUCGAUUCUCAGUCAAGUACGGUUCUGCUCAGAGAUGGCAAUUGUCUAGUGUGGCCUCGGAUUGGGAACUACCGAAUGGAUCCUCAGACGUCACUGCCCUUCCUCUAGCUUGCCCACAGGACAACACCAAUUCAUCAAAUUAUUCGGAGGAUUGCUUGUCUAUGCUUCUAUACGUUCCCACGUCUGUUCUGACCUCGACCAAUGUCCCGACUCUCAUGUGGAUUCAUGGAGGCUCCUUUAUUGUCGGCUCUGCAACCAAUCCAGGCCUUGACGGUUCUAAUCUUGCCAAGGCAACUAACUCGAUUGUUGCAGUUGUUCAGUAUCGCUUGGGCGCACUCGGAUUUAAUUCGCCGGAUGGCAGGACCAAUUUCGCUUUACAGGACAUAACGACUGCGUUGAAGUUCCUGCAGAAAGUUGUACCUAGUUUCGGCGGAAGCGCUUCGAAGAUAACAGUCGCCGGUCAGAGCAGCGGUGCGAACAUGAUCAGAGCACUUCUCGCUGUACCAUCCGCUUCUUCGUUGUUCCAGUCUGCCAUCCUUCAGUCGGACCCUAUGGAUUACGGCUUUCUUUCCCCUGGCGCUCAGCAGACGCUCCAAAAUUAUUUCAACUCUAACAUCAAGUGCAAUGCUACAGAUGCCGCGUGUCUCGAGGCUAUGAGUAUCGAUGACAUCUUGUCUGCCCAAGACUUGUUGUUCGCCAACGGCUUCGAGCAAGACCCGUCCGCGACACAAUCUGAGCCUAUGCGCCCUGUUCACGACGGCUACUUCCUUACAUCUACACUCGAUUCGACUAGUCCCUUUCCCUCGGUUUCUAAACCAAUUCUUCUGUCGAACGUCAAGAAUGAAGCAGGCCUGACAAUAUAUUCCUCCUUCCCAGACCCGAUGGGCAGAUCGCUCUAUGAUGCUGUCGUCAACGGCACCUUCGGUAACCCGCGGACUAGCAUUAUCCUAUCAGCCCCACAAUACAGUAUUCCAGUACUUGCGGACGGGGAAGACCCCGAUGCGCGGGUCCAGCUUGAGACGUUGGGCACGGAUUCUGUGUGGAAGUGUGCAACAUGGACGUUUGCGAGGAAUUGGGUUGGUCAUGGAGGCAAGGCAUAUGUUGGUGUAUACGCGCUCGGAGCGUCCUACCCAGGAAAUGACGGCGUACCAUUCUGUACUCAGAACGGGUCUGUCUGUCAUCAGGACGAUAUUGAAAUUGUCUUUGGCACUGUUCAGAGUCCCACCUCUGCUCAGUCCGCGCUAAUCAGUGAAAUGCAGGCGCGUUACAGCGCCUUCCUCCAUACAGGAAACCCGAAUCCGUCGGGGUCAUCCUUGACGACCUGGUCUCCUGCUACGACGUCUAACAUUUCUGCACUACUUUUCGGCGGUGAAGGGGCUGCAUCAGAAGGCGCGUGCGAUCCCCGCUUUUGGGGUUCGCAGGUACCGUACGAUUAUCAAGUCUUCGGCAUCUGAUUUCAUCGUCACCUCAUUCUAGUCAGGCUUGCUUUUUGGGUGUUCUUGCAUCUUACAUCUUUCGAUUCUCCUCUACUUGGGGGUUUCACGGAUUUUACGUUCUACGACCUUCGCAUAAUUGAAUGAUUCUAUGAUUCAGCUGUUUCUUUUUUCACAUACUUUUCGACCGCUUUGGUUCUACACUUGUCCGGGCUUCCGUGGCUUGCCUUUGUAUCCCUAAUGAUCGUUUGAAUGAGGUGUGGUCCACUCCUCUGCAGCUGUGUUGAUACCGGUGUAGCACUUCAUGUCUCUGUAACCCUAUUCUUAUUUGGUAUUCCUCUGCUCAUAAAUCACGCGACAGCUUGUUUCAUGUUACGCGGC